AUGAGCUCUGCGGCUGCGGCGGCGACGAUGACGGGGGCGGGGAAGGUGGUGUGCGUCACCGGCGCAUCAGGGUACAUCGCGUCCUGGGUCGUCAGGCUGCUCCUCGACCGCGGCUACACCGUCCGCGCCACCGUGCGGGACACCGCUGACCCAAAGAAAACAUUGCACCUGACUGCGCUGGAUGGAGCUAAGGAUAGGCUGCACUUAUUUAAAGCUAGCCUGCUAGAAGAGGGCUGUUUUGACGCUGCAGUUCAUGGAUGCGACACCGUGUUCCAUACUGCCUCUCCCUUUUAUAACAAUGUCAAGGAUCCUAAGGCUGAGUUACUUGACCCAGCAGUUAAGGGAACACUCAAUGUUCUUGGUUCAUGCAAGAAAGCUUCUAUUAAAAAAGUGGUUAUCACAUCAUCUAUGGCUGCUGUUUCCUACAACGAGAAGCCAAGGACUCCUGAGGUCACGGUUGACGAGACAUGGUUUUCUGAUCCACAAAUUUGUGAAAAGAAUCAGCAAUGGUAUGUUUUGUCCAAGACACUUGCAGAGCAGGCUGCUUGGAAGUUUUCAAGGGAUAACGCAUUUGAAAUUGUUACUAUAAACCCAGCAAUGGUUAUUGGUCCCCUGCUGCAGCCUACACUAAAUGCCAGUGCUGAAGCAAUCCUGAAGUUAAUCAAUGGAUCGUCUACAUAUCCCAAUCUUAGCUUUGGAUGGGUUAAUGUCAAAGAUAUUGCCCUGGCUCAUAUCCUUGCAUACGAGGUUCCCUCAGCAAAUGGAAGGUAUUGCAUGGUGGAAAGAGUUGUUCACUACUCAGAGCUAGUCAACAUCAUCCGCAACAUGUAUCCUACCAUUCGUCUUCCGGACAAGUGUGCAGAUGACAAGCCAUUUGUUCCAACCUACCAAGUAUCAAAGGAGAAGAUAAAAAGCUUAGGCAUUGAGUUAAUUCCAGUGGAGACGAGCGUCAAGGAGACUAUCGAAAGCUUGAAAGAGAAGGGAUUUGUUAGUUUUGACUCGAGCAACCUGUGA